AGAGAGACAGAAGAAACCAUGGCUCUUUCCAACGCCUCCUCUCUCUCCUCCAGAUCUCUAUACGGCGGCGUCGACGCGCGUCUCUCUCACCGUCACAGCAACCGUCAAUCGUCUUUCACCGUCAACACCAAGCAGCGUAGGUCCGUUAACCUCGUUACGGCAGUCCACGCGUCGGAGCCGGCUAGAAACGCUGUCUCAGUCAAGGAAUCCGUUUCCCCGUCGUCUUCGUCUGGUUCAACAUUGAAAUGGACGCCGGAGAGCUGGAAACUGAAGAAGGCUCUGCAACUCCCUGAUUACCCCGACGCGAACGAGCUCGAGUCUGUGCUCAAGACGAUCGAGGCGUUUCCUCCGAUCGUGUUCGCCGGAGAAGCGAGGAAUCUGGAAGAGCGGUUGGCGGAUGCCGCCGUGGGGAAGGCGUUUCUUCUGCAGGGAGGGGAUUGUGCUGAGAGCUUCAAGGAGUUCAAUGCCACCAAUAUCAGAGACACCUUCAGGGUUCUGCUUCAGAUGAGCAUCGUCCUCACAUUCGGAGGCCAAGUCCCCGUGAUUAAGGUUGGGAGAAUGGCUGGUCAAUUUGCGAAGCCUAGAUCUGACCCAUUCGAGGAGAAGGAUGGAGUGAAGCUACCUAGCUACAAGGGAGACAACAUCAAUGGCGACACUUUUGAUGAGAAAUCCAGGAUUCCUGAUCCUAAUCGGAUGAUUCGUGCUUACACACAAUCCGCAGCGACUUUGAACCUUCUCAGAGCCUUUGCCACAGGAGGUUAUGCUGCAAUUCAAAGAGUUACUCAAUGGAACCUUGAUUUUGUUGAGGAAAGCGAGCAAGCUGACAGGUACCAGGAACUAGCCAACAGGGUUGAUGAGGCCUUGGGGUUCAUGUCUGCAUGCGGACUUACCACUGAUCACCCACUCAUGACUACUACUGAUUUCUACACAUCCCAUGAGUGUUUGCUUCUGCCUUAUGAACAGUCACUCACGAGGCUGGACUCGACUUCUGGUCUCUACUAUGAUUGCUCUGCACACAUGGUGUGGUGCGGGGAGCGUACAAGACAGUUGGAUGGUGCUCAUGUCGAGUUUCUCAGGGGGAUUGCUAAUCCUCUGGGCAUCAAGGUGAGCAACAAAAUGGAUCCCAAUGAGCUGGCUGAAGUUAGAGCGUUCCUUGAUGUGCACGAGCAAGAAGGAAGCCACGCCGGUGGUAUCCAUCUAGAGAUGACAGGACAGAACGUCACAGAGUGCAUCGGAGGAUCCCGAACUGUGACCUACGAUGACCUGAGCUCUCGCUACCACACACACUGUGACCCAAGGCUCAACGCCUCUCAGUCUCUUGAACUGGCCUUCAUUGUUGCGGAACGCCUCAGGAAGAGAAGAAGGGCUACUCAACGUGUGUCUUGA